AUGUCGCAAUGUUAUAACAAAAAAGAAAUAUUUCAAAUAUUGCGGACUAAGAAGUUUUCUUUUUUUCCUUUCCUUCAUGAAAUAAAAGUUAGUUCCACACGAACAAAUUCAAGGAUAAAAAGAAAAGUUGAGGGAGCUUGUAGCGACAAAAUUCAUGGCCAUAAGGUUGAAGUAAAUAAUGACAAGCUUUCAAUCCUAAUACUUGAUGACGACCAUUAA